AUGAUCUCCUUCCUUCCUCAAUACGUCACUGUUGGAGCUGCAGGCUUUAUCAAAACUCUAAUAUACACACCCCAUGCGGACAAGAAGAUACAUCUUUCCGGGGCUGCGCCCAAAAAAUACCCCUAUUCUUCAAAAACGAACAUGAAGCACUCUAGAAACUACCAGGAUUUUACUCUAUUUAGAACUCCUACCUGCGCCUCCAUAUAUAGACAUCACUUCGCUCUGUGUUUGGGCUUCGUCACAUUUCCAUAUCUUGGGCCUUCCACGAGUCGAAAACUGUACAUGUUUCGAGACAUGGCCCCCUAUAAUUCGUUUCAAAAACAAGUGGAAGCAGACACCCCUUCAAAAAUGCAUAUGAUAAUUCAAAUCAUAGACUAUCACUCGACGGUUGCUUACAUCCUUCUUGCACAAGUACACACCUCUGGAACUCCGGGUCCCACAUCCAAACUGAUUCGAGAUCUCGCCAAGGAGGGAGUCGAUGAUGUUCCAUGUUCUGUUACGAAUUCAGAAAUAAAUCGAAGACUUUCCUUUCAAGUAUUGUCAAAUGCAGCCCUUUACAUACAAAACGUAGUUACUUUGGAGAUAUAUGUAAACAAAAAUCCGAUCACAACAGCCCUAGGUCCCGGACAAAUUACAAAAAUAUUACCGCCGAGCUGCGUGGUGCCUUCCGAAACGGAGAGCAACUUAUUGUAUCCUGUCCUAGGUCUGCUUUUCGAGCUUCGAAAUAUACCACAACAGGUCAAAUGGACCUGA